AUGCGACUCAAGACGAAAGCAGCCAAACGUCUUUCGGCUCCGUCUCCUCCUUCUGCAACAUAUCAUGAAUCUCAAGAACAAUCAAAUGAACAAAUGAUUAUAAAAUGUACAAAUCUUAUUCAACAAGACGAUAAAAAUUCUGAUGACGAUAAUCAAGACACAAAUGAAAUGAUUAUGAUCAAAAAUGAACAAGAUGAUCAUCAUCAUAGCAUGUAUGAUCAUACCGACAUGAUUAUCAAUGGUACACUAGCAACAAAUAUUAAUGGGAACGCAUCAAAUUCAAGUGAAACAAGCGAAUGUGAAAAUCGUCUUUAUUCAUGUUCAGAUUGUGGCAAAAGUUUUCAAACAUCAUCAGGUUUAAAACAACAUAGAAAUAUUCAUUCAAGUAUCAAACCGUGGAAAUGUGAAUUUUGUACAAAAUCUUAUACACAAUUUUCAAAUUUAUGUCGUCAUAAAAGAUCACAUGCAAAUGCACGCACACAAAUUGAUUGUAAAGAUUGUGGUCAAUCAUUUCAAAGUCAUGUUGCAUUGAAUAAACAUCGAAGCUCAUGUAAAGAACGACAUUUUUCAAUAACAACGCCAUCAACUGUUACACCAAAUUUAGCUGCUUUCAUUCCAUUUAUUGAUACAUCAUCAUUAUUAAAUCAAAUAAAUAAAACUGAUUUAUCAAUAUCACCACCCAACGAACCAAUAGAUUUAACAAAAACAUAUCAACGUCCAAGAACAUCAUCAACUGAUCAACCAAUUGAUUAUUCAAUCAUUAAUAAACGAUACAAUUAUAACAAUCAACAUACUUCACAUGUAUUUGGUGAUAAACAAGAGAAAAAGUUUAGAAAAAAUGAAGAUAAUUUCAUUGAAAAACACGUCCAUGAUGAUGAUAAUAAUAAUAAUGAUGAUGAUAAUGAAGAAGACGAUGAUGAGGAUGAAAAUCAUCAUCAAUUUUUGUCAGUGGGAAGAAAACAAACGAAAGAAUAUAAUGAUCAUAGACCGUUAACACCAGUAUCGUCUUCAUCAAGUCCUCAGACAAUUUCGUCGCUUGAAAAAAAACCUAUUUUAUCAACAAAUGAUAAACCAAUGAUUAGAGGCAGAGAUCGAUAUUGCUGUACUUACUGUUCAAAAACAUUUCCACGUAGUGCCAAUCUUACUCGUCAUUUGAGAACACAUACAGAUAAGUAUUUUUAA